AUGUUGCCAGUUGCUGGUGUACCCGGACGACAACAGCUCCCAGAAUCUCUGGCGCCACGGAGAGCACAGGGAAAGCAGAUCAAGGAUCAAGAGACUUUCGGCUUGACGAUGGGCACGGAGCGUGCAACUGCGCUUCAGGAUGCGGUCCAGGACGAGCUCAUGAAGCAGCAGUAUAGCACAAAACCAGGUAUGGGCGCAGUCUACUUCCCGGUGUGCGCAAAGACUGACCUACCAUACCUCGCACAAGACCCCGUCGUGGCCGAACAUAUCACCAUCAUGGCCAUCAACAACAAAACGGCAGAACUAGACGACUUCAUUGAUUCGGAUUUUGUUUCGUCCGUCAAAAUCUGCACCCUCCGUGCUGGUCACGCCCACCCCUAUCACACCAUCUCUGUCCCUGUGCUCCGCACAUUGUGCUCAGUCGCCGACCAUCUGCAAAUUCGCCCUCAAGUGUACAAACCCAGUCUGUCGAUAUUCGCACCGAUCACCCGUCGCCACUACCAAGAGUGGUAUCGUCCUGAGUAA